UCUUCCUCUUCCCACCCUCAAACACCAAAACCCUACUCUCUCUCUAUAUCUUGAUCAAUCAAUGGCUCAGAGGCGCCUUUCUGCGAUGGAAAACCCUCCUUCUGCUUCUUCAUCAGAAGACGAAUCGGAAGAAAUCAACGACAAAGAAGUAGAUCCAAAACAAAACCCAAAUGUUGAAUCUCAAGAAGACGAAGAUGAGGAGGAAGAAUCUGAUGAUGAAGAAGAAGAAGAAUCAGAUGAAGAGAAAGAUAAAAAGAAACCCUCUGAGCCCGAUUCUUCUUCUGACUCUGAAGAAUCUGAUCCCGAAGUCCACUCCGCCGAUACCCAACCCUCCCCGUCCGCCUCCGAUUUCACCAUCAAGCCCAUCGCCUCCAAACCAAUGCUCGAUUCGACCAAGCCCAAGAAACCACCCUCCAAACCUGCUACCCCGCCAUCGAAACUCUCGAAGCGCCUGGCUGAGAUCGACCCCAAUAAUGGGAAGGACUCUCAGAAAAAGAAGGUGAAGGUCUCUAAUGGCGAUGAGAAAGACGGUGCUGUGGAAGAGAAGAAGUUCACGAUCAAUAGGUUGUGGAACGAGGACGAUGAGAUCACGGUGUUGAAGGGAAUGAUUGAGUUCCAGUCGAAGAAAGGCUCUGAACCUCAUGCUGAUAUGGGUGCUUUUCAUGAGUUUAUCAAGAAAUCGCUUCGUGCCGAUGUUUCCAAGAAUCAAUUGGUGGAUAAGGUGAGGAGGCUGAAGAAGAAGUACCAAAUCAAUGCUGAGAAAGGCGAAGAUCCGACUUUUUCCAAGCCUCAUGAGCUCAAGACCUUUGAACUUUCCAAGAAAAUUUGGGGUAAUGGUGGAGCUAGUAAUGCUGUUGAUGAUAAUGCUCCAAAGAAUGAGGCUAAAAAAUCAAGAAAGCGAAUCAAGGUCAAUAAUUCUGCACCUUCUCCGAAAGAAGUUAGGAAAGAGCUCGUCUUGCCAGAGGCAUCGAAGGUUGAAGCAAAGGACCCAGUGCCUGAUCAGAAGGAAUUUUGGGUUACGUUUCCUUGCUUGAAAGAGUCUCUGGAGUUGAAGGAGUAUUCUACAUUCUCAAUGCCAGAGCUUGGAAAGAAUUUAUUGAAGGAUGGUAUGAGUACGAUUGGGAGCGCGAAAGCUAUGGAGUUGGAAGAAAAGUGGAAGAUUUUUCGCCAGGAGGAAGUUGCUCUAUACCUGAAGAGGACAGAGUUGAUCCAGGAGCAGACAAAGCUGAUAUUGGAUGCGAUGAAGUCUGCAAAACCCUAAGGUUAUCUUGGAGGUAAUUACUGGUAUAUGGUUGUUUCUUUUGAUGGAGAUGGUUUGAAUCCUUUUUUUUUGAAGGGUUAUUUGUCUGUUUCGUUAAAACUACAGGGCUUUAAAAGUUUUGAGUAUCUUUUAAUUAAUUGUCUGGAUAGCAAGUUUUGCUUGUAGACUAUUUGGCUUUUGAAAUUUACAUGGUUUUAUGUUGUUUAAUAUAAAUAUUUUCAUGCAUUUCAGUUUUGUGUUAGGGUUUUAUUUCUUGGUCAAUGGAUGGAUAUAAUAUUUCUCAA